GCCACCGCCCCCGUGCGCACCGCCACGCAGCUCGCGCAGCAGGCAGCCGCGCAGCCGGUAGACGACUCGUUGCAGGGCGGCGUGAAGAAUGUCGCCGCAUUCUUCUGCAUCUCCUGCACCGAUGACGCAAACCUCGACGGCGUGGAUUACGUGACGCAGCCGGUGUGUCUCAGCGCGUACCCCACAACGGCGCACGUCAUGUGCUCCCGCAUCUGCGAGGGGUUUGCGCGCGUGACACCCAAUGCGACUGGCGACAGCAAGCAGCAGGAGGGGGAUGGGAGACAACGAGUAAAUGCGGCCGGCUAA